GGUUGCCAGUUGGUUUCAAACGAUCAAGAUCUACACCAUAAUAUACACAGGAUUUGAAAGUACUAAGACACAGAGGAAACAGGAGGAAAAUGAUUCAAGAAACAUCAACACUCACUGAUUUCCAAAAACAGUGGCAUCUAGAUUGGUGAAAGGCACACACACUGAUGCAAAGAUAUGAUGGCAACACCAGAUGAUAUCUUGAUAAGACAGUAGACAUAUAUCAUAUUGCUAGAAUACGUGGAGCUAUGAUGCCUUCAUCGGAUGAGUCGUCAUCGGAUGAUGCAGAUGAGGGGCUCAUUCAGAGAGGAAUGAAAGAGGAUCUUAGGAGCAUCCUUGACACAUAUCCCAACAAUGGUCAAAUCUUAAAGGAGAUAAUACAAAACGCUGAGGAUGCAGGGGCAAAAGAAAUAAAGUUUUUUCUUGAAUCUUGUCCUCCUGAAACCAAGGGAAAACUACUUAAGUCGAGCCUUAAACAAUACCAGGGGCCAGCACUUUAUGCAUACAAUGACGCCAGCUUUACAGCUAAAGACUGGGAAGGUAUCAGAAGAUUGGGUACUAGUAUCAAGAAGAAUGAUCCAAUUAAAGUUGGCCACUUUGGACUGGGCUUUAAGUCUGUCUUUCAUAUCACAGAUUUACCAAGCAUUCUCAGCCAAGACCGCUUAAUGAUACUGGACCCACACCAAGCAUUUUUUAAAAAGACGACUCAUAGUCUUUAUCUGGGUAAAAAACGAAGGAGGAAGAGAAAGAAGAGCUGUCAUUAUCCUGGUCAUUUAGAGGCAUUUAAGGCGGUACUUGAUCACCCUGACCUUAAUGAAGCUUUUAAGAAAACUAAGUUGGAUGGUACAUUAUUCAGAUUCCCACUGAGGCUGCCUCCACAAGAGAGUGAUAUGAAGUCUGACUUAUCGGAUAAAUGCUAUGAUGUUGCUGAGAUUGUGCAACUCCUUAAGUCACUGGAGAGUGAUACAGAUCUCAUACUGCUCUUCAUGAAGACAUUGAAUACUAUUAAGGUAUACAUCGAUGGCCAGCAGCACCUUAGAGUUUCACUGUCUUCUGGGAAUGACAGAAAUGUCUUCAAAGAAAGGGCAGACUUUCUUAAGUUCAUCCAAAGCCGCCAAUAUCAGGUACAUCCUCAAAGUGAAGCAACAUGUCACCCAGAUCUGCAGCCUCGCCAAGAUGUGCAAUGUGACCCUAUGACAUUGUCGGAAUAUGUCAGUAUUGAGGUUGAAUGUUCAAACAAGUCUGUGAAAAAUAAGAUGUGGCUCGUGAACCAUUACUAUGCAACACCAGGUAGUGAUAUUUCAGAGACUUUGUUGAAACUUCUGCAUAAUGAACAUCUGGCUUUAUGCCCACUUGUUGGCUGCGCUGUUGAGAUCAAUGAUGAUGUAGUUGACUAUAGUAAGCCACCACAAGGUCAUGUGUCUUGCGUCCUUCCCCUACCUGUCACAGAGACAAGCCCAUCAGGUCUACCUGUACAUGUGAAUGGAUACUUUGCAUUAGACCAGAAUCGAGCGCACCUCAAGUGGCCAACCAUGGACCAACAAGAGGAAAACGAUCCAAAAUUAUUAUGGAAUACUUGUGUAUUGACUGAGCUGGUCCCGAAAUGCUAUCUGCAGCUGGUUAAGAAUGCUCUUCAGAUGCAAGUGAAACCGGAAGUUAUAUACCGGAUGUUGCCUGACUGUGAUAGGGUGCAUGACAAAUGGAAGAUUGUCACUAAAACUCUGGGUCCAAUGUUGCUGCAAGAAGACAUAAUAUUUUCCAACACUCAGGCAGAAUGGGUCAAUCCAAACGUCUGCAUCAUCGAUAACCUUCAUGAACAACCAGCAAAAGAUGUCUUGCGGGAUCUCUUAAAAUCAUCUGGAAGUCAUGCUGCUCAAAUACCAUACCAUGUCCAGAAAGUCAUUGAGGCAUGUAAGUUGACCACCAUAACCCCUAGCCUUAUAAGGGGAUUAAUGAAACAGGACCCUGCAAUAUACAAAUCACGUUGUAAUGAUGACAAACACUCCAUACUGAGUUACAUCCUACAAGAUGAUGAUUUCUGUAGUGUGGAUGGACUUGAACUUUUAAAUCUGCUCGAUAACUCCAAAGCCACGUUCGCUAAGUGUACAGAGGCUUAUCGUACAGAGAACAACCUACAAGUACUCCCUAUAUAUCUACCAUCAGAUGAAUACCCUAUUGCAAUGUUCCCAAACCACAAAGAUCGAUUUCUCGAUAUGGGUAGCAUGGAACCAACACUAGUAGAGAAACUGCAUAAAGUGUCUUUGAGUUGUGCAACACAACUAAGAGUCUUGAAAGAUUCUGACGCACUACAAUUGAUCCUGGAGACAGAGCCAAAAGACUGGAAGAAACUUGAUAUUGUGGAAGAGUCGCUAAAGAAGCAGAUUGACUGGUGUAACAUUGUGUCUGAAUACAUUGUGAAGAACAAACAGAACAUCGCAAACUACGAGAAGCUACAUCUUUUCCAUCAGACCAGCAGCUGUAACAGCAACACCAUAAACCUUGUUAAGCUUCAGAAAAGAUCAGCGAUACUCUUGGAAGGGAAGUCACAGAUAGAGGAGUCUUUGAGGAAAUUCUUGAUCAGCAUAGGUGUCAUUAUAUUAGAAAAGCUUUCCAAACCCUGGGACUCCAUAGAACAAAUUCUGGUGAAUGAUGGUUACAUAAAUAGGUAUGGCCCAGAUGGUGUUCUCCAGGUGAUAGCAGAUAAGCUUGUAUCCAAAGAUCCUCAUGUAACAAAUGGUGACCACAACAUCUCAGAUCUCUUCCAUGCUGCAUCUGAAGAAGAAAGGCUUGCUCUGCAGGAAGAACUUGGAAGAUUCAGUGAAACUGAUAUUGAUGACAAACAGAAAUCAUUAAUCAAGUCACUGCCUAUAUUUAAGACAACAUUGGGUCAAUGGGUUUGUCUAAAUGACAACAAUCCAGUCAUGUGCAAAGAAACCAUUCCAAUUCAGGUCAAGGCAAGCAUGAUUAAAUACAGCAAGGUCACUGCUAAGUUGGCAUCAUUAGUAGACAUAUUGCCCCUUGAGGAGUUAGCCCUCAUUCAGGAUCACAUCCUUCCAAAUCUUAAUAGCAGUUAUACACAAUCGGAGAUAAAGAAACUGAUGAUAUAUAUACUCAACCACCAUUAUCGUUUCAUUAAACAAGAGCAUGCUGGGAAUAUGUUGAAAGAUUCAUUGAAUGGUGUAAAAUGCCUAGAAGAUGCACAUGGAUGCCUUUGCUGUAUCAACACCCUAUAUGACCCAGUUCUCUCAGAUUUGAUUGAUCACAAUGUACCAAAAGAGUUAUAUUUCUCUGCAGAACAAAACCUUUCCAUUCUUAAAGAAUUGGGACUAAAGGUGAAUUUAUCCAAUGAAGACAUCGUAAACAUCGCAAGAGAAAUAGAAACAGCUACCAUCCAAGAAAAAGCAAUAUCAAAAUCGAAAGCUUUGCUCAAAUACUUGGAGGAGGAUCAUGAGAUUUUAAUUGCUGAACGUCACGAUCUUGUUGAAGAACUUUCCAACAUUGCUUGGCUUGUGAGGGAAGAGACACAAAUGGAUGGAUUUCCAAAGUCAUUGAAAGCAUCUUAUUCAAAUGAUUCUCUUUGGAAACCAAGAGAAGUGGGGGAUAUUAAACAUGUUAAAAUAGUUGGGUCCUCUUUACCACUAUGUAAGACAUCUAAGAGAGUGAGCGAAGCAUUUGGUUGGCAUAAGCCACCCCCAGCAAUGAAAGUGUAUCACCAUAUGCAGAACCUUUCAAAGUGCUACAAAGAUAGAGAUAAGGGAGAAUACAACACAUUGGCCAAAUCUGUAUAUCAACAUAUGGGAACAAAUACUCAACUUCAAAUGUUGCUACACCAAGACACCUCAUUAAAGUGGAUCUGGCAUGGGAAUGGAUUUGUAGAACCGGGUAGCCUAACCAUAACCAACCUUCCCUUCCCAUUAUCCCCUUACAUUUACUCUCUCCCUAGUGAGAUGGAUGAGUUCAAGACUAGUAUCAGAGAAUCUGCUAUAUUAGAAGGACCAAUCAGUACAGUACUAGUGACUGCACUUAAAAAGAUGCAAAGUAUGGAUGCCAAAGAAAGAAAUUACGAUAGGGAUUUGAACAUUGCUGUCAAUAUCAUCAACAGAAUAGCAAGGUCUGUACAGACUGAGGAAAUUACUCUUCAAGAUGUGAAAGAUGACUUGCUUCUUCCAGUUCAAGGUGAAGAUGAGGCAAUCCUGAUGCUGAAGAAGAUUAGUGAGUGUGCAUACAUGUACAGUGCAACUCAAUGGCUAACAGCUGAUUCCAAUGAGGAAUUAACCAAACGUUAUGUACAUAGUGGUAUCUCAGAGAACACAUGCAAGAUUUUGAAAGUCCCUUCCCUGAUGAGUAAGCUCCUUGGAGAUGAUGAGGGAUUUGGAGAAGAUUAUGGCCAAAGUGAAGACCUUACAACAAGACUUAAAAAUAUUCUUUCAGACUACCGUGAUGGAUUUUCAGUCCCUAAAGAACUUAUUCAGAAUGCAGAUGAUGCUGGUGCCAGUGAGGUUGGUUUCAUAUAUGAUGAGAGAGAUAAUUAUGAUGCAAGGAAGUAUUUGAUAGAUCCUGGUAUGGAAGAUCAGCAAGGCCCUGCAUUGUGGGUGUACAAUAAUGCUACAUUCUCUAAUGAUGAUUUUGAAAAUAUUGUGAAACUUGGUGCAGCAACAAAAGCAGAACAAGGCAACAAGAUAGGCAAAUUUGGUCUUGGUUUCAAUACUGUUUAUAACCUUACUGAUGUCCCGAGCUUUGUUAGUGGCGAUAGCAUUGUGUUUUUCGACCCUCAUCAAACAUUCCUAGGAAAAGCCAUAAGUGGAAAACCAGGUUUGAAAAUUCCAAUAAAAAAGGUUAAGAAAUUGCCCCAACUGUCAGACCAGUUCAAACCAUAUACUGGAGUUUUUAACUGUGAUCUGAGAUGCAAUGUUGGAGAAGAUCAAUAUGAUGGAACUCUCUUUAGAUUCCCUUUGCGACAACAACGGGGAAAGAUCAGCAACAUUUGCUAUGACAAAAACGAAGUAAAGAAAUUGUUACAAACAGUAUUUGAUGCCGCACACAAGCUAAUGCUUUUUACCCAGCAUGUGAAGAAGAUAAGCAUUUGGCAUAUACCAAAGGAUCAACAAAGUACACCACCAAAACCAUUUGAUAUAUUGGAAAUUACAAAGGAGACAUCACUCUGCAUCAGAAGUCCAGGAUGUAACAGCAUGAUGGAUGCAUCUUAUGAGCAUCUCAAAGGAGACCAUACAAAGGAAAAGCCAAAAUCAUCAGAAAUUAUCAAGACAGCAAAAGUGGUCUCUUCAUUGGGUGCUGAGCUGCUUUCAGUUCCAAGUGGGGAGAGUAAACGUCAUUGGUUAGUGGUUUGGGAUAUCGGAGAUGGGGAUGCAUAUGCCACUGCACUACAGAGACCGAAACAUCACAAUUCUGUUGCAGGUGUUGCCAUAUCGCUUAAAGCAGAUGGUGAUGGAUCUUAUCAACUUUCAGUUGAUGGAGAGUCAGCCACUAUGUUUUGUUUUAUGCCUUUACCUAUUGAGGUCCCAUCUCUUCCAUUUCACAUAAAUGGAACUUUUGCCGUCACUUCCAGUCGGAGAGAACUUUCUGAGUGGAAGGAUGGUGAUAGGAGAAAUGGAGAAGCAAAUGAGGAAGCAAGCUGGAACACAUAUCUCAUGAAAGACUCUGUGGUUUGUUCCUACAUUGCUGCAUUGUGUGAUCUGAAAGAUAUCAUGGACCCAACACAAUUGGCAAUGUAUUAUAAUGCAUGGCCUUGUGUUAAGGAACUAUCGGGUCUGUAUUUUGAGUUCCAAAACAGUUUUUUAACAAGACUGCUUCAUGGAGGUUUGGAACUAUUUACAGACGGAACCUCUUGGUCUGAUAUAGAACAUGUAGUUUUUAUCGACAGCCAGUGGGAAGAAAUUUUCUACCAGAAUCCUGAGACACCUUACAAUGAAGCAAUACAAACACUCAAACUCCACCAUACAGAUUGCAUUGUAGUGACUGAUAUACCAAAAAGGAUUCUUGAGACAUUACAAUCAAAUAAAAGUUUCAAUAGACCCAUAUACACAUUGGAUAAAUUCUUUGAAGAUGUUUUCUUUAGAGAUAUCCAGAGAUUAGAUGGAAAGUAUAGGAAUCCAUUGAUGAUGUUUGCUCUUAGAAAUGUGGCUAGCUUGAGUGACCAUGUCAUCCACCUUAUGAAGACAGUGCCAGCUGUUCCAGUUCAACCAAGUAGCAAACUGAAGAUGAUAGAAGAACUAAUUGAUCCAUCAUCUGAGUUGAACAAACUGUACUGUGAGGAUGAUGAUGUGUUUCCAACUGCACUCUACACAGAUGAUCAAAUAUGCAAACCAUUACAGAAUUUAGGAAUGAAACACAAGUAUACUGAAUUGUCAGGGGACCAAAUCUUAGAGAGAACCAAGAGUGUUCAAUGCAUCAGUGACCAGACGAAUAAAAGCAGUGCUCUAGAACGUUCUAAAGAGUGUAUCAUAGCUAUAGACAGAAAUUGUAGAACUCAAAAACUACAAAAUGAAGUGAAAGAACAACUUCUGAAAACUCCAUUUUUGCCAAUCAAGCCAUGUCCUCCUGGCUAUCCAACAGUAUUAUGGAAAAGAUGUAAUAACAAUUUUGCUGCAGCAGAAGAUCUAUUUGCAGAGAAGCAUAUGUAUUGUGCAAGCAAUGCCAGUCUCAUCUUAGAUGAAAGUCAUUCUUCUUCCUUCCCAGAUUCGGUAUCAGUAUUUUUUGAUCUAAAAAAGACCAUUCCCAUUGACUGGGUAUUAAAUCAAAUGACAGUCUUGCUCUCCUGUAGGGAUUGCAGUGACAGAAUCAAGGAAAAUGUGUGUACUUCUGUGUAUGAGGUGCUUGAGGAUGAACUGAAAAACCCCAUUGAUGAAAAAAUAAGCAAGGCUUUAUCAUCUCUGAAUUGCAUUUUGAUUGGUCAAGACCUUGUUCACCCACACUGUAUAGCUUAUCAUCUUGAUGCUGAUUGCACACCAUAUCUGUAUGGCUUGAACAACAAUAAUAUCAAGAACAAGUACCCAAGACUGCUAAAGGCAUUGAAUGUGAAGGAUACAUUUGACUAUGAAGACUACAGGCAGGGUUUGAAAAAGAUGCAUCAUAAGAUAAUGGCUGGAAAACUAGAUGAAGUACAGGUCAAAGUAUCACUGAACUUGGUCAACCAACUUUUUGCUCGUCAGAAGAAAGAGAUAAUUGGAGAAAACCUGACUGAGUUUUAUGCACCAACAAAAGACAACAAACUUGUAUUGGCAUCAAAGUUGUGCUUUGAUGAUAUUUCCUGGAUUGAGACAAUAGAAGAGAUGCAGUUUGCGCAUGAUGAGUUACCACGUGGACUUGGGAUCAAAACAAAACGUGAUCAGCAUUUUAGUUCUAUAAGUACAGACAUAGGCAUGCCAUUUGGGCAAAAGGAAGAACUGACACAAAGAUUAAAGAACAUUAUCCAAUCAUAUCCAUGUGAUCAGGGCAUAAUGAAGGAAAUGCUGCAAAAUGCAGAUGAUGCUGAAGCUAAGGAGCUUCAUUUUAUCCUGGAUGAACGUGAGCAUUCCACUGAUAAAGUGUUUCGGGAAAGUUGGAAGCAUCUUCAAGGACCUGCGUUACUUGUUUUUAACGACAAACCAUUUACAGAGAAGGACAUGGGAGGCAUACAGAGCCUGGGUCUGGGAAGUAAAGGAAAUGACCCAAAUAAAACAGGCCAGUAUGGUAUUGGAUUCAAUGUUGUGUACCACUUGACUGAUACACCAACCUUCCUUACUAAUGGCUCUGAAGUAAAGACAACAUUGUGUGCAUUUGAUCCCAACCUCAAAUAUGUAUGUCAUGAAAAAAGUCAGGUUGCUGGUAUACAAAUAAAUGCCAAUGAAAAAACACAGGCGCAAUAUCCUGAUGUUUUUGAAUGCUACAAACAUGAUCUUUUCUCCGAAAAUGAGUCAACCUUGUUUAGAUUGCCACUGAGAACUAAACAGAAUGCCACAAUAUCAGCAAUAAGCAAUGAAGAGGUUACCAUAGAAGAAGUACAAAAAUUGCUAGAUAAGUUCAAAGAUGACAUGUUUGAUGCCUUGCUAUUUGUAAACAGAGUUGAGAAAAUUGCUAUUGGGACAAUAAACAAAAAUGGUGCACUGUUGAAACGGUAUGAGGUGCAAUCUACUAUGUCUGAUCAAGAUAGAGAUAAUCUGAAUGAUUUCAACAAAGAGGUGUCUCACUUGAGUUCAGCUUUGAAAAAAGGGGAUAUAACAAUUGAUAAAAUUCCCCUCAUAGAAGUAUCAUAUGAAAAGAUCUUGAUUGAUAACAAUGGGAAAAGGGAGAAAUGGAACAUCUCAAGAAGAUUUGGCUUCAACAAGGGAACAGAGAUUUUACCUGAGGUUCAAUCGGCCUUCCAGAAAAAGAAACUUCUACUUCUACCACAUGGAGCUGUAGCAGGAAGGACUGAACAAGUAGAACAGACACAGUCCAGAGCAUUCUGUUUCUUACCACUACCUGGAAGAAUUCAUCUGCCUGUACAUGUAAAUGGCCAUUUUGCACUAGAUGAUGCAAGGCGAAAUUUGUUUGAUGAUUUCAAAGAGUACAGGCAUUUGUGGAAUCAACUUGUAUUGAAGGAAAUUGUUGUUCCUGCUUAUAUAUCCCACAUACAACAUAUGAAGGCUGCUCUUAAGCUGAAUCAAACACAUUCCCAUGAAACUACAAUAUGUCAUCUUGAGAAGUUUUAUCACUUAUUUCCUUCAGUCCCUCAGUCCCCACCUAUCAGUCCUAGUUAUUGGGAAUAUCUUAGCAUCACAUUAUAUAAAACAAUUGCCAAUUGUGAUGCUAAGCUUCUACCUGUUGUCAGAAAGACCUCACAAGAUAAAUGUACUACAGAUUGGGUGUCUCUUCAAAACAAUGGAGAAAAUGAUGUUUAUUAUGACAACAUCCCAAAGAGGCUUGCGGCUUCAAAGCGUACUUUUGAUGGAAGAAUAAAGGCAAAGGAACAAGAACGACCAACUCCAACCAUGUCUAAUAUUCUCAAGAUGCUAGGCAUGAAUGUACUAGACAUGCCUAAAACUAUCAAGAACAACUUUGAAAGUGCUGAAAUCCAUAUCGAAACUAUAUCCCCAGCUGCUGUUUCGAGAUUUCUGAAAUCAUGGAAGUUACACAACCCACUCUGUGAACUACAAAUUUCAUUGGAAUCUUCACCAUUUUCCAAAAUCUGCUGUGUCAAAGGAAUACUAGAAUACUGUUUGGAAGAUGAACAUGUAGAUUUGGAGAAUCUACCCUUAUGUGUACGUCAGGACGGAAUCCUCACCCAUUUUUCCUCAAUUGAUAAAAAGUUUCUCACUGAAUUCCUUGAUCUGGUUCCAGAAGAGGCACAACAGUUCAUUCAUGAGGACCUUGUUCACAGUUUGAAAAAAUGCAAAGAUCAGUCUGUAUUCUGUGAAUUAACAAUUGAGGCCUUAGCCCAGUUGCUAUCAAGGUCUUGGCUAUCAAUUCACUUAUUUGACAAAGAAAUGGAAGUUGAGUUGCCAACAAAUGAAAAAUUGAAACUGCUAAGAUGGAUACAAGAACUCUGGACAUUUAUAAGAUCAACAAAACAAAUACAACAGAUUUUGGCUGGCAAUAUGGAUGACAAUGUACAAAGGAUGAUAAAAUGUAUUGAAACCUGUCUACAGCCACUUUCUAAAUGGGCUGUAAUACCAUGUAUUGCAAAAAGGAUCAUGGGAAAAGUCCAAAAUGAAGUGCAAGUCCUGGUGCCUCUAAGCAGAAGCAAUACAGUAUUUGACCACAUUUUCAGACCAGACAUGAAAAUACAAUACUUUGAGCUAACAAAUAUCCUAAAAAGGAUACCUAUUCUGAGUCUGGAUGUUUCUGGAGUAAAUCCUUAUAACUCAGUAGACUUGUCACCAAAAUGGAAUAAUGGAGCCUUUGUCCAGUUACUGGUUACGACAUUGUAUAAUCCUAGUAAGAUGCUUUACAUGAUGUCAUACAUAGCAGACAAAAUAUGGAACAAUUUUACACCUGAACCCAAUGAUGCAACUUCAAUUUUAGCCUAUUUUGCAAUGAAUCUUUCUGAUAUAAAGUUCGAUCAACAUGCAAAAUCUGCACUACGACGUCUUCCAGUAUUUGUCACAAUGCUAAAUAAAUGUGUGGCAGUAACUAACAUAGACGUAUAUGUUAUUCCAGAUGGUGUACCUACAGCUGGAAUGGACUGUUGGCUGAGCGAUAAUAUAAAGGCAAAUAGGAGGUGCUUUAUAAGAGAAAACAGGAUAUUCAAUACUUUAUACAAAUGGCUUGGCUUUGCAACAUUUACCUCUACAGAGCUCCACUGCUCUUUUGUCUUCGGUCAAUUUGACCUGUUGAGCCACGAUCAAAGAGUAGAGCACCUUAGGUACAUAAAGGACAUUGUGUUUCCAAGAUUAGAUGCCAGUAUUGUCAGAUUUCAAAACCCUGAAAGUUGUGAUGAAAGGGAAAAACUUGGAUAUUUUCAACAAGAGAGAAAUAGUCUCCUUGAUGGUUUACGAACACUGAAAUUCAUAGCAGAUCCAGAUGAUGAAACACAGUUAUUUUGUGUCUCAGAGUUCUAUGAUCCUCAGAAUAGGGUCUUUAGUAAAAUGCGACCUUCCAAGUGCCUUACUAAGCCAUGGUAUCCAUUCUAUAAGAUACAAAUUAAUGAGGGUGGUUCAAAACACAGACCUUGUGAAGAGAACUGGGUGCCAUUUUUUCGUAGAUUUGGUCUGAAGACCUUUGUAGACAGUGAACUCUUUGUUAAAUUUGCGAAGGAAAUCGAGAGUGAAGCAAAGCUAUUACAUAUGGCCACAAUUAAUAGCAACAAAAUGAUGGAAACCAAUAGAACAUGUACAGAGGGUGGAUGUGAAGAUCAAAACUCUCAUAAAUGGGCUAAAGUACAGGAAAUGUCUCAAGUACUACUAAGGCAUCUAUUUCGGAGAGAAAAUGUCUUAAAUGAAAAAAUUCUUGGUAAGGUAAACACAAUAAAGUUCAUUGCACCACACAAAGUCAACAACACAUUAUCAAGCUUACAUCCUCAAGUAGGCCUUCCUGCAAGUGAGGGGGAAACAUUUCUACCAUAUAUUUGCUUCAAAGACUCUCUGAGUCAUAAACAUGCAGACAUGACAUGGACUGUGGGAAAUUUGUUACCUCAGUAUGCUAAUGUAGCAGGAAUCACUUUUGAAAAUCUGCAUCACAGCACAUACAUGCAAUUGGGAACACAUCAAAACAGUGAAUUGAACAAGAUAAAAGACAGUUUCCACAGCCAGUUAUCUUCACAAAAGCAACCUUCAGUCUCACAGGUAGUGAAAAACUGGGUAAAUGUAUCCAAAUACAUUGAUGUAAGAAACCUUAACGAUCAUGAAAGAAAAAAAGUUGUCAGUAUAUGUACCAAGACUUUUAAUUAUCUGAAUGAACAAUGUGAAAACAUCAUUAACCAAUCAACGUUGGAUCCACUUAAAUCAUCAAAAGUCAUCACUGUUGCUGAGGGGAAGAAGCUUGUCAUGCCGUGUCAACUGUUAUCUGAACCUUUUUCUGGAGAGGAAAUUCCUGGAUAUCUCUACAAAGUACCACCUGAACUAAAUGGAUCUCUAGAUAUUCUUCAUGUACUAGGCUGUACCAAAACAGUCACAUUGUAUCAGCUAUCCCAGGUGAUGAAAGAAAUCUACAGUACCAGUAGGAGUAGUAACACUGAUAUCAUGAACGAUCCAAAUGCUUUAAAAGCCUAUCAACAUGCUUCAAAACAGUUUUUUAAGAUGGUUGCAAACCUGGCAGAAACAGAAACACCACCUUACAUCACAGAUGUAGAUAAGCUUUAUCUUAUGUCUCAAAAAGGUCAUUUGGAAGAUGCUGUCUCUCUUGUGUGCAAUGAUAGGCCUGAUUAUAAAGAUAGACUUGAUGAGAGUGUGUUUGAGAAAUUGCCUUUCAUGGAGGAGUUGACCCCAAACAGUUUUGGCAUUCAUGUGCAUAAUGAAGUAGAGUUAUUGAAGUUACUGCCAGAGCACCUUCAACCAAGAAUGCUCUCAUCUAUGGUGAUAGAAGUACUAUUGGAGGAGAGUUUGGAACAUGUUCAUGAAAUUCCCAAAGUUGAGCAAAUAAAGGCUACUUUGCAAAGUGAGCAUUUUAUACUUUGUGUCCUCAGACUGAUCUAUGACAUUGAAUGCAAAGAUAAAAAAGCACAACUUGAAGAAUUGAUACAGGAAAAGUUAGAAGACUUACAGAUCAUUGUCACUGAAAAGAUAACAACUGUAUUAAAACAUAAAGAAAAUGAUGAAACUCUUUCAAACACAACAAAAGAGAAAGGAUAUCAUAUUGAUCAAAUUAAUGGAACAAGGUUCUAUAUCAAUUCACAAAACAUUGAAAAGACGGAUGCCUUUGAUCCACUGGCCAACAUGCUUUCCACAUGGCACAAAAAUCUCAAUGGACAAAACCUCAGAUUAUUACGAAUGCUUACCUGUGAUACCCCUGAAUCUAUUGAAAGAAUGUUAGAUGAAGACAAUGUAAGAGAGUACAACAAACUGCAACAGGGGAAUAAUUUUUUACCAAAACUUGGGAGCUAUAUUCCCAUAGACAAUCACCAUUUAUUAAUAAAACGACCAGGCAGUUUGAUGGCGGGAAUCUAUGUGGGUUAUAUGGAUGAUAGCAUUUUGGCUCAGAUAGCUCUUGAUCCAAAUCUCCCACCUGUCUACAAGUAUGCAAAGAUUCUUAGGGAAGUCCAAAAAGAGGAAAAUAGGACAUACAGUAUUUAUGAGAUAGACAUUGGUAGUGAAGAAAAAAUUGAAAAACCUGAUUUUGACUUAUAUGCAUUCAUUUCAAUAGAGGACAUCAGAGAACAUAAAACUAUGGGCACACCCUUGCCUACUGUUGAUGAUGUUAAAAAGGAAAUCUCUGAAAUUCUGGAAGAGAUGUGGGAUUUGGAAGAAAAUAUCAGGAUACGUCGUGUUACUCGAUUAAUGGAAAUGUGGCAAUCAAGUGAAAACACUAAUAGAGAGGCAGAAUUUUGCAAUGUGAUCAUGCAACAUAUACUAGAUGAAAAUAUGAGACUAUCAAAGGUUGAUAAAAACCGAAUGGAUGUUGAUGAUACCUACAAUUAUGAGAGAGAUGAUAAUCACCCGACAUACCAUCAAUCACUCAUGAGAGUUAGGGAUUACUUAUAUAAAAGAUCACAGUGUCAUAUUGCUCAACGGGAAGCAUAUAUCAGCCAGGUUUCAAAUGACUCAGCUACUUCAGACACACAAACAUACUGUUAUAGCUUCCAAUAUUCCCGAUCAUUCCGCAGGGCAGCCAAGAACCCUCAGCCUGGGGAGGCUGCAAGGUGGUUGAAACAGGCUAAACAUGACCUCAGCACUGCACAAAUCGGAGCCCUUGUGGAGUCUAAGGAAUGGAUCUGCUACAUUUGCCUCCAGGCAGCAGAGAAAGCCCUCAAAGCAGCUCAUUACUACAUAGAUGCCAGGAAUGUUUGGACAAACACACACAGCUUACCACUGAUUGCCGGAAGCUUGAGUGAUAAUGAGUUGAGAGAUGAUGCUACAGAACUAGAAGGUCUAGCAGGAAACCAAACAACUCCACGCUACCCUAACAGGGUACCCUACCCCCACACUCCACAUGACCACUAUAGGCCCAAAGACACCGGCAGAGUGAUCGCACUUACUAGACAAAUAGUUGACAAAUCACAAGCUUAUAUGAUGCAGAGACAUUAGUUUGGGUGAUCACGUUUAACCAAACUAACAAGACAUGUUCUUGAAAAGACAUGGGUGUACAUCAUGUACAUAUGGAGACAGUGAGUUAAGUGAAAACUCAUGGAAGAACGAUCAUGUGCAAUGAUCAGUGUGUCUCUAAGGACACUAACACACCAAGGAUAGGGUAAAUAAAAAAGUGUUUAGCAUUAAUUUGGUUUUGCAAUGAUUUCACAUGUACAUGUACAUUGUAAAUAAGGCUCAAUGUACCAGUGAAGUAUAUUAAUUCAUGAUGACAGAACAUUUUUUAUUAUGUCAUUGUACAUGGGCCAAAUAUGCAAGUAAAAUAUUUUAAAGCUAAACAUUUUCUUAUUACCCUAGCCAGUGGUAGUAACUAUGUAUAUUGAGACACAUUAGUGACAUUCAUUGAUAUAUGCACAGUUUAUAGAGCUAUUGAAAUUAUUUUUAAUAGAGUAUGUGGAACUCUAUAUAUUGAGACAUAUAAUGAGAGAUGUUGUUGGUGUAUGAUA